GGAGGCCUAUAGUGUCCCCAGUCUCUUCCCUGGAAUUUCCAGUGACAUUCUUGGGAGUGGAAAAAGUGCCCCCUCAGAUCAUAAGAGAAGGAAACUGAGAAUCUGAUAAAAAACUGGGAGUCUCUGCAGAACUACUAGGGCCACAAAGCAGGAACUCCCUGGAGUUGGAACAGACCUGGCAUCUGGGGAGCCUCUCCAGACCUCCUAGGAGCCUGUGGGCCAGAGAACACCUGGAGGAGAUCCCAGAAGUCUGGGGGAUUCUCCUUGCCCAUCACCCAAACUAUGUUUCUUCGACGUCUUGGUGGCUGGAUGCCCCGUUUUUGGGGCCGCCGAAAAGAUCCCCUGCCUGAGUCUGGCACUGUAAGGGAGGAUAGCUCUCCUGAGAACUCAGGGAGCGACUGGGACAGUGCCCCAGAGACCAUGGGAGAUAGGGGCCAGCUGAAGGCUGGGAACUCCAGGAAGCAAAUGGAUAGGGGCACCUCCCCUGAAUGGAACAAGAACUCUUCCAACUAUGGAAAUACUGAUCGACUGGAGGACAGAAGGGUUUCCCCCAAACCAAGCAUGGAUAUACUUGAUUUUGAUGAGUCCAGGAAACUGGAGGCUAGGGGAGUGAUCCCUACAGUUGGUAGUAACUCCCCAAAAUUAGAAGACUCUAAAGAACGAGGGGUACCACUUAAAUGGGAAACAAACCCCUUCAACUCUGAGGCUCCUGUGGAGAAACUAAGGCAUCAUCACAGGCUGCUGGGCUGGCUUCAGGGGGAAACAAAUAGAGGGUUGGGGGCCCACCCACAGUUCUUGGGGGGCUCUGAGGAGUGGCUCCAGAUCUCUACCAACCUAACCCUGCACUUGCUGGAACUGCUGGCUUCAGCCCUGCUGGGGCUGUGUUCCAAGCCUCUGCGCCUGAUUCUAGAUGCCUUAGGUCUUAGGGGACCUUUGGGGCUUUGGCUGCAUGGGCUCCUCUCUUUCCUUGUUACCCUCCAUGGACUUCACUUGGCCCUUACCCUGCUCACUGCACACCCCUUCCACUUUGCCUGCCUCUUUGGCCUUCUCCAGGCCCUGGUACUGGCUGUCAGCCUCCGGGAGAGCACCCAGGUGUCUGGGGAGGAGGAAUACAACUGGGAGGGAGGGAAAAGAGACCGGGAGAAGGAAGAUGAGAUUAAAAGAAGUGGGGAGGGCCUGUGAACUAGAUGUUGGGGCACUACAGCAGGGUUGAGGAACACAGGGACCUCAGGGAAAGGAGAGACACCCCUAGGGUGGGAAGGUGGCCUAUAGAGACCCCUCCCACCAGCAAGAGGGCUGAGACAACUCAAAAGUAAGAAUCAUUCUCUAAUUCACCAGCUAUUUUCACUUUUUUUCUUUAGUGUUAUUCUUCUAUCCCCCAAUUAAAAAAAAAUAAAAAGGAACUCCCCUACCCCAUGUAAUUCCCCCAAAGGAUAAGGUUGCUAGCCACAGGACAAUCAUCCAGAACAGGGAGAUCGAGGGAAAGGCAGGGGAAUCUAUUGGAUACUAGGAUCUGAGCCAUAAAUGGGAGAAGGGGGUCAGCUAUAAAGCUGAUGGACCAGAAGGGUAUGGGUUGAGGAGAGAUGUGCUUGGAACUGGAGAUUCGGCUAGGAUAUGAAAGAGAAUCACAAUGCUCAAGGAAAUCCAGCAGAAAGCCUUGGGAUGCUACUGCAGAGCUCUAGGGAAACACUCAUGCCUACCUAAAGUGUUUGGAGGCUUGAUCACUUAGCAGUCAUUGUUGCACUGAUCUCCUAAAAUAUACCACUACAAAAGGGAAGUUAUUAA